UCAAUGCACAGUAAAUUAAUACACUACUCUAAACUUUAGAAUACCGGUAACUACAUUCUGCUGAUAUUGUACUACACAUUAUAUACAUGUGCGUUCAGGGUGCUAAAAGACACACACAGUUGAUUCUGUGUUUAGUGUUGGAGCAGUGAUCCAGGUGUGUGCACAUCUUCAGUGUUUACUGAUCGCCUGACUGGGACUGACUGCUGCGUUGAAUCGUCGCUGGUUUACAGAAAUCUUUCUACGGUCAUAAUGGAUGCCAGACACAAGAAAAUUCUGCAAAGCAGACGCUCCUUUCUGGUGCUUGAAUUGGAUCCAUCUCUGCUGUACGAUGGACUGAUUUCCAGAGGAAUAUUCAAUCAAGACAUGAUUGAUGAAAUAAAGAGCGCAGGACCUCGCAGAGAUCAAGCCAGGCAGCUUAUGAUCGACCUGGAGACCCGGGGAAGCCGGGCUUUCCCUGCCUUUCUGGAGUGCCUUGUGGAAACAGGCCAGAGCCGUGUGGCAGAUCUCCUGAGCGCUGACCUUGGGAUUCAGCCACCUUGUUCCCUUCCCAUUCAACCCAUCCCAAUACCCAUCUCAAUACCCACCUCUCGCAAUCAUGGAACACAGCAAAAGGAAAUGGACAAACCAGACAGAGGACACAUCUCUAGAAAGGAUGAGGGUGUGGAAAAGAGUGCUGAUCACCCCAUUCAAUGUUCUGAAGGAGAUGAGCGUCCUUCUAUACCCAGACUAAGGAGAGACAGUCUUCAGAUGUACAGAAUGGAUGCGAGGCCUUGCGGUCAAUGCCUGAUUAUUAAUAAUGUGGAAUUUCAUCCAGACAGUAAUCUGAAGAACCGCACAGGAUCUGACAUUGAUUGUGCCAGACUUGAGAAACGGUUCAAGUCAUUUCACUUCAUUGUUGAGGUGAAGAGAAACCUCACAUCGCAGGCAAUAAGACGAGAGCUGCAUGCCUUGUCACAGACAGACCACACUGCCUUCGACUGCUGUGUUGUAAUAAUCCUGUCCCAUGGCACUGAGGUGAACCACAACAGGUUUCCAGGUGCUAUCCAUGGUGUUGAUGGCCCAAUAGUUCCAGUUCAGAAUAUUACCAAUUAUUUUAAUGGACAAAACUGCCCAACACUACAAGGGAAACCCAAGCUCUUCUUCAUCCAAGCGUGUGGUGGAGAUCAAAAAGACAGAGGGUUUGAGGUCUCUCCAGAUGAGUUUGAGCCGGCGGCCGGUGGCAUUGACGAUCACACAGACGCCACGCCGAUGUCACCCAGGGAGGAGCUUGGGGAAGACUCUGAUGAGCCCGAUGCCAGAGCAAGCCUGCCCACUCCCAGUGAUAUCUUAGUGUCAUACUCCACUUUUCCAGGGUAUGUGUCUUGGCGAGACACACAAGCAGGUUCUUGGUAUGUGGAAACUCUAGACAAUGUUUUGGAAGAAUUUGCUGGAUAUGAAGACCUGCUUACUUUGCUGACGAUGGUAACAGACAAGGUGUCACAGAUUUCAGCUAAAGGAAUCUUCAAACAGAUGCCUGGAUCCUUCAAUUUCCUGCGGAAACGUCUCUUCUUCCAAGUGAACUGUUAAAUGACAAAUCAAAUUCUCUGUCGUAAUUUACCUACACAAAAUGUAAAGAUUGAUGCAAUUAGCCUGUCCCCUUUGUACUAAAUGAAUCAAACUGCAAAAGGCAAAGUCUCUCAGUAACAGGGAAGUAUGGAGUGACUAGAAGGGCCAAGGUAUUUAAUACACUGUGCGGAACGGGUGAAAGGAACACGUCACCUUGUGUUCGACAGAUGUGUGUGUCUGAAGAGAACAAAGCUGUUUCCAGUAAGUGUCACACUAAACGUUCAAAGUUGUUUGUAUUUUUUUGUAUAUUUCAUGGAAUAACUUUAAUUUGGCACAAUGCUCCUGUAUUGAGACAUGCACAAGAGCUUCCCUACAAAGUUGUUCAAGUAGAGAAGCACCCCUCAAUCCCAAAUUCCCCGAUGCCUUCACAGUUCAUAGUGGUGCUGGAUUGGGUGGGUGCAUGGUGGUGCAAGUAGAGAAGCACCCCUCAAUCCCAAAUUCCCCGAUGCCUUCACAGUUCAUAGUGGUGCUGGAUUGGGUGGGUGCAUGGUGGUGCAAGUAGAGAAGCACCCCUCAAUCCCAAAUUCCCCGAUGCCUUCACAGUUCAUAGUGGUGCUGGAUUGGGUGGGUGCAUGGUGGUGCAAGUAGAGAAGCACCCCUCAAUCCCAAAUUCCCCGAUGCCUUCACAGUUCAUAGUGGUGCUGGAUUGGGUGGGUGCAUGGUGGUGCAAGUAGAGAAGCACCCCUCAAUCCCAAAUUCCCCGAUGCCUUCACAGUUCAUAGUGGUGCUGGAUUGGGUGGGUGCAUGGUGGUGUAGAAUGCUGAGCUGAGGUCACCAGACCCACACCUCCAGAGGUGACAGGCUUGUGAAUUUUCCCGCUGUGCCACUGAAACUUGCGUAUUUGCAGUUUUGUGCUCUUAGCAUGGAAGGGACCAAUCACUUAAGUGCAUUUCAAUAUUAUUAGCAUUACAUUUUCUACAGAAUCAAUUUUUUUUUAAUUGAAAGAAAUGGUCUUCAUGUGUAAAUACUGUGUCUACGUUCCUAGUGAACAUGUUUACUAGUCACUGGAAGUAGUGUGGCAUACUGCCUGUAGUGACAAUCUGAUGGGAAACAUUGAUCUUGAGAUUCAAUUGGAAUAUAUGUAUAUAUAUAUAUAUAUAUAUAUAUAUAUAUAUAUAUAUAUAUAUAUAUAUAUAUAUAUAUAUAUAUAUAUAUAUAUUUUUUUUUUCAUAUGUAAUUGUUAGAUCUAAGCUGUACUGAUUGAAUGAAGUCCCAACUGUGUAUCACAUGGUUUUGUUUUUCUGUUGAUUUCAUUAGUAUUUCUUCAAGGGUUUGUUUUUGACACCUUUUUAAUGGACCAGCUUAUGAUGACAAGUUAACACAAGAGAAUACCAAUAUCCAUGUAAACCUAGUGAUGGAAUCACAGCCAAGUUUUAACACAGACAAAACAAAUGUCAAGUGGAUAUAACGGUCCUUAUUGUUGUUUCCCCCCCUAGUCUGAGGAAAUGUAUGUCAGGUGGUGCUCCUCAUUCUUCGGUGUACUAGGUAUUUAUUUAGCUCUUUUGAUGUCAGGGAAAUCAAUAUAAUAAUGAACCCAUUCCAUCCCCUCCCCACUCUCUGUGUGAAGAAGAGUGUCCUUCAACAACAUGACUAGUUAGUCCAUUCCAUUCCCCUCCCCACUCUGUGUGAAGAAGAGUGUCCUUCAACAACAUGACUAGUUAGUCCAUUCCAUCCCCUCACCGCUCUCUGUGUGAAGAAGUGUCUCCUUCAAUAACGUGACUAGGUAACUGUGACAGAGAACGAACGAAUGAAUCUUGGUUAUAAAUCUCCCUCUUGACCCGUGAGGGCGCUGUGUAAAGGAAACAGUAUGCUCCAGACUGGAUGGUCUGACAAUUCAUUCCAGGGGAAGUUGGAAGUCAGCCAACUAGAAAGGGGGUGGUACCAGGGUACACUAAGUCAUCACCCCAGAAGGGAAGUGUUGUUGCAACCGCGGAUUGGAGGAGAAACGGUUGCACUCGCUAACCAAGGGGGCGUGACUGACGGGGACGUGGCUAAGCGAUCUGUUCCUUGUUUAUGGUUGAGACGAACCUAAAAGGGCCGAGAGUAAAAUAACCAUCAGUGAUCAGUGUUUGUUUUGUCUAGUACUAAUUGUACUUGUUUGUUAUUAUUAGACAGCUAACGUACCGGGAACUGUCGCUUGUAAGGCCAGCACCAACCCAGACAACACUUUGCCGUUGUACACUGAUAAAUUGUAUUUCUCAACCUGCACAUAAGCCACUCACUCCGGACUUGUGGUCGUGUCUGUCUUUUUCUGUGUUAGCACUUGUAUUAUUAUUUCCGGGCUGCAGCCCGUUGUGUUGGAACAGUGCAAUACCCUGGAAUUACUCUUUGUAGUUGUCAGACCAGGAUUAUAAAAAUAAAACCUGUUUGGAUGGUGAA